AUGGCGCACGAGAUUAAAGCAGAACUGCAGAGCAUUUGGCAAGUCCCUAACGAUUGGCAAUUAAUACCCAUGGGAAAAGGGUAUUUCACGCUGAAAUUCGGGUCGAUGGAGGAUAAGAAGAUGGCUAAGAAAGUUUCGACUCAAGACAUCAACGGCGGUCUCCUCAGGUUACGUGAAUGGGUACCAAAAUUUAACCCCUACAAGGAAGCUUCUUCGCUUGUGCAGGUUUGGGUUCGAAUUUACUAUCUUCCCAUUGAACUUUGGCAUCCGGAAGUUAUCUCCACCAUUGGUCGUUAUCUCGGCUCUCCUCUAAAGAUUGAUGCUUCCUCUGCGGUUGGAGAAGUAGGACACUACGCGAGGGUUAUUAUUGAAAUAGAUAUGUCGUUGCCUCUUCGUGAGUAUGUCAUGAUAGAUGAAGAUGACAGCUCUCUUUAUGUGGAAUUCAGUUAUGAAAAUCUACCUGCUUACUGCAAUCGUUGUAAGAUCACAGGACAUUCGACCGAUAAAUGUCGAAGAACGAAGGCAAGUUUGGAGAACGUUAAUAAUAAGGGAGGGGGAGUCAAUGGUAGCAAUCUAAAUAAUAUACAGCAGGAAGUUAGAAAGGAGAGCGUCAACGAGAAGGAAGGGAGGAGUGAUAAUUCCAACAUGGACUCGUUGGGCGGAAACAAUAAUAUGCAGCAGCAGGUGAUACAGCAGAAAGACAACAUGUUGCCACAAACUACGUCAACUGCUUGGCAGCCGAAAGUGGUGAUCGACAUGCAAUCGCGGGACAUGACAGAUGAAUUGGAAGUAGGGGAAACAGAAGAAACAAGUGCUAAAAGUAUUGAACCAUUUCAGGCGGACCAAAGUGGCGUCUCUGGACCUGAUAUUCUUGAGCGAAUCUUGGUGGAGGCCGAAGACCCGGAUACUGAAGCGCCUGCUUCGGAGCGCUUUGGUAUUGACAACACGGAACCUUUAAAUGCUGGGAAUGACCCGGUGUUGAACCCGGCAACGGAGAUGAAGGAAGGAGGCUCUUCCUCCUUAGGUUAUAACGGAGAGAAGUUACAGGAGAAGGAUUUAAAAGCAUUAGCUCUUGAGAAUGCCAUGAAAAUCCAGAGACUCGAAUCUCUUAUUAAAGAUAUUCCUCAAGAGAACAAUCAAGCUGCUGCAAAACGGGGCCGCGGCAGACCGCCAGGAAAUGGACGAGGCGGAAGGCGGGCGGAGUAUAAACACUCCGGCUGCGGAUUCCAUCAAAAGUAG